UGGGUCACAAGAUUAGGGUUUGAUGAUGCAUGUGUCUCUAUAUACAGGUAGGGGAGAUGGCAGGUGUGGCAAUUGGUGCUACAGUAUUGCUCGACAUUCUUGUGGCAGGCAGGCCAACUACUGGAGGUUCAAUGAAUCCUAUCCGGACUUUGGGUCCAGCUAUUGCUGCAGGAAAUUAUAAGGGAUUGUGGAUCUAUUUGGUUGCACCCACAUUUGGGGCCUUAGCUGGAGCUGCUGCCUACACAACUGUGAAGCUCCCAGACAAUAAACCUCCAAACCAGAGGAAGUUGCAGGAUUUUUUUAUAAGAUGAUGAACAGU